AGUUAAAGGGAAACUGUUAUCACAAGAUUACCUUAUCAAGAAUCAGGAAGUACAGUGAGAUCAGCAUUAGAUUUUGAAAAAUAUUGUUGUGAGUAGGAGAUUAUAUAUAUUAGGUAUUGGAUUGGAGAACAGACUUAUCAGAAUUGUCUUGCUGCAUUAAUUUGCUCUAUUGAGCUUCUUUAUCAUUUAAUGUGACACCAACUUCUAACGGCAUGAACGCAACUACUUUACCACUAAGUACUCGCGUUACUCUAGCAUUUUUAAUGGGCUUACUAGCUUUUGCUAUAAUGCUAGGAAAUGCUGUGGUUAUUCUAGCUUUUGUGGUGGACAAAAAGCUUAGACAUCGAAGUAAUUACUUCUUCCUUAACUUGGCCAUUGCUGACUUCUUCGUUGGUGUGAUCUCCAUUCCUUUGUACAUCCCUCACACGCUGUUUGAUUGGGAGUUUGGAAGUAGACUCUGUACCUUUUGGCUCAUUAUUGACUACCUUUUGUGUACAGCGUCUGUGUAUAACAUUGUUCUCAUCAGCUAUGAUCGAUACCAGUCAGUCUCGAAUGCUGUAUCUUACAGAGCUCAGCACACUGGGAACUUGAAGAUUGUGGCUCUGAUGGUGGCUGUCUGGGUGCUGGCCUUCUUAGUGCAUGGGCCAAUAAUUCUAAUUUCAGAGUCUUGGAAGAAUUCCAGCUUGAGGGUCUUGGAAAAGGAUUGUGAACCUGGAUUCUUUACCCUGUGGUACAUCCUUGCCAUCUCGUCAUUCUUUGAAUUCCUGGUCCCAGUCUUUGCUGUGGCCUAUUUCAACAUGUACAUUUACUGGAGCCUGUGGAAACGUAGCAAUCUCAGUCGGUGGCAAAGCCAGCCCACACUUACUUCUCCUGUCUCUCCCAGUAACUGUGGGUCCUCACUCACAGGUAGACUGUUUCGAAGAACAUCUCUUCCGGAACAGAAGGAAACAGCACCGUCUGCUCCUCUGAAAAGACAUGAAAGAAAGAGCAGUCUCUUGUUUUCUUUAAGAGCCCAGAUGAAUAGCAGUAUAAUUGCUUCCAAAAUGGCUUCCCUCACCCAUUCCGAUUCACUCUGUCCUCACCAAAGGGAACAUAUUGAACUGCUCAGAGCCAGGAAAUUAGCCAAGUCACUGUCCAUUCUCUUAGGCAUUUUUGCCAUUUGUUGGGCUCCCUAUUCACUGUUUACAAUCAUUCGUUCAAUCUACCCACUAGACCAGCGUCCUCACAUAGUUGGGUAUGAAAUCACAUUUUGGCUUCAAUGGCUCAAUUCCUUUGUCAAUCCUUUUCUGUAUCCCUUGUGUCACAAGCAUUUCCAGAAGGCUUUCUUGAAACCAUUUCCUAUGAAAAAGCAGUCCAUAUCAUCACAGACUCGGUCAAUGUCCUCUUAAAGGUAAUUUUAUCCUUUAUAAAAAUUUUAGUCUUAUUCUCACCU